UUCAUGCAUGGCGACCACAAGCGAGAAAAGUGAUAGUGAAGAUGAUUGUUUUACAAUGACAAUAUUUUGUGGAGAUCACGAUGCCGACAUCAACAUUCCUUACGAGGCCUCAGCAGAUGAAAUAAGCACCAUUAUCAAAGAAACGUUCGGUGUACGUGGAUCGUUCCUAUUGCAAAUUAAGAACUAUGACGAUAGAAUUGCUCUGAAGGCAGAACCUUUGAAGAGUGUUUAUCUACAUUGCUCUUCAAUCAAGGCAGCCGCAUUGGAGAGAUACAAAGAUCAUGUCUGGGAAAUCCGAGGUUCAAACUAUCAGCGUGGAGGUGAUGCACUCUGGUAUUACCAGAGCCAAAAACUCAGACCUGAGGAUUCGAGAAAGCUGUUAGAACGUGAAAUGAAACCACUAGAUUAUCCUCCAUAAACAUCUCUUAUGCAUGGCGGCGGAUUGCAUAUACUCAAUUAAAAAGAGUGUGGACAAGAAUGGAGAAGAUAGUUGGACAUGAUAUAGCCGCUGUUGUGUAGACAUUAGCUAUAAUAGAGUGCUAGACCGGAUAGCUAUGUAUUUGCUAUUCGCAAUUUGCAUGACCUUUCCCGGGCACAAAUGAUGCACGCGUUUCCGAUAAAUUAAACAAGAAAACGUUCUUGGUUGUAAACAUGUUGAUUCAACGCUUUGUUAC